GGCAGUUUGACCUAUAUUUUCUACCAAUCGGUCUUGGUUAGACAUAAAAGAACAUUUCGGAGGAUUACCAGUUGUGAAAUGUGUUAUUAAAAUUUGAGACAUUAGUGGACUUUCAGCUAAGGGUACCGGUACAGCCAAGGACCAAUACCGCGUUUGUUCAGUCUUAUGGUGCCGUCUUAUAAAAUCAUAACAAAAAUCUUUUCAACUGGACUACAGGAAACACUUCUUGGUAAAAGCAGUUAAGGGACUUCAGGAAUAUAACUCAGAGGACAGGAUGGACACGGAGUUAGACCUUAACAUUCCAACUCCACAAAAGAAUGUUGCUUCACAGCAGCUGCUCGCAGAUGGAGAAACAUCUUAUCAUGCAUAUAUCACAAAGUUAAAACAUGAUGCAAAAGGAGUCGCAGCCAGAUUCCAGUCGGUUAAGAACUUGUUAACUCCUGUUCGACCUGUCCUUGUAAUACUCAACCGUGGAUGCCUUUACUGUUUCAAAGAUGAUACAUCAAAGAAACCCAGUGGAUCAUACACAUUAUUUGGUUACAACAGAGUAAUCCGAGCGAAGGAACUCCAGACAGAUAAACGCCCAUGGGUUUUCCAAAUGGAACAUGCAUCGCCAGCUAUGGAAACACUGGCAUUCUCCACGCCGACUCAAAAAGAUAUGGAGAAAUGGAUGAUUGCCAUCAAGCAGGAGAUGUUCAAAGCGAACCGUGGCACGAUAGCGGCAAAGAAAUUCAGUGACACAGUAUCUGGUCGCCCUCCUGGUGACGGCAAGGAUGAAUCACUCUCAGACUUUGUUGAACAGCCAAUCUAUGAUGAUAUAUCAUUGACAGAUGUUGUCUACGAGGUUGAUAAAGCCACUAAAAAAAACCCGGUGGCGUUAAUGGGAAAAAAUUCUGAUGAUGAUGAUGAUGACCCAACUAAUUAUUUGGAGUUUGAAUCGGCGGCCAAACCAAUCUCAUCAGGUAAACAACGAGCACCGAGUAACAUUGCCAGUGAGCUUGAUAAGACCUUCGCUAGAAAAGUAAGCAUGCCAGGUAGUGGGUCUACUGUGUUUGGAAAAAGUCGUGUCCCAAAUGUUCCACCACCAAGCAAAAGAGACUUUGAUAAAGGGCCAUUGCCACCAACACCAGGGAGUAGUAAACGUUCCGAGCCAGAUGGAAGAAGUUUUAAGAAACCAUCAACAGACAACUCAAAAUCUCAGUCACCAGAAAAACCGAGUGUUGCAGAAAAACCUCGAAUAGCCAGGAAGCAAAAAACCAGCCCUGAAAGAGCACCCGAGCUACCUCCUUGGAACAAGGGUAAUGCGCCAAAACUCCCCCCUGCUAGGAAGGAAAGUGAGGCCGAUUACAAACCUAAGUUGCCAACAGGCAAGAAGAAGGGUUUAGAUGAACCAGCACCCCCAAUACCAGUAUCACCAGCAUCUAAGAAGCUAUCAAUUACACAGGCAGACAUCGACAAGGAUCCUUCCUUAUAUUGGAAGUGUCAUUUCUUUGAAGGGACAAAAGAGGAGGCGAACGCGAUCUUGGCAAAGUUAGCCACAGAUGGUGUAUAUUUAGUUCGAGAUAGUAGCGGCGUUGAUGAGAGUCAAGUUUUAGCAGUCUAUUGUAAAAAAAGAACACACAAAUACCUUAUCAGACAGGAAGAAGGGAAGUAUUUUUUGACGAACAAGAACGAAUCCGAAGCGCAAGCAGAUUCACUGGAGAAUAUGCUAUACCACUACCAUACAAAUAACUUGCCGAACAACGAGACAAUGUUGUCAGAGCCAUACCAUCUUGCGUUACUAAAGGCUGACAACACGUGAGGUGUGUAAUCCAUUCAGUCAGCCAAACACGUGAGAUGUGUAAUCAAUUCUUUCAGCCAAACAUGUGAGAUGUGUAAUCCAUUCAGUCAGCCAAACACGUGAGAUGUGUAAUCCAUUCAGUCACCCAAACACGUGAGAUGUGUAAUCCAUUCUUUGAGCCAAACACGUGAGAUGUGUAAUCCAUUCUUUCAGCCAAACACGUAAGAUGUGUAAUCCAUUCAGUCACCAAAACACGUGAGAUGUGUAAUCCAUUCAAUCGGCCAAACACGUGAGAUGUGUAAUCCAUUCAAUCAGCCAAACACGUGGGAUGUGAGAUCAAUUCUUUCAGCCAGUAUUUCAGAAAGUCUACAGCCAAACCUGAUUCCAAUUCUCUGACAGAGCGCUUGCAAUGAACAUUGUCACUGACACUUCAAAUCUUUGUGACAAUUGUUUGCAAUGAAAUCACACUUGAUAAUUUAGCUUUUACAGUUCAAAGAUAGUACACAUUGGCAGUUGAAUUGUUUUUGAUAGUAUAGAAUCUCUCUUUAGGGAAUGUUGUCCGGGGGUCAAAUAGAGCAGAAGUCACCAAGUUGUGAUCACAGUUUCUCUCCUUAUGAGAGAGGUAGUCCCUCUACACUGGCAUAUUAUGCGAAAAACAAGCUGACAUUCAGCAAGAUUGAUGUCGGCCGGAUAUCAACUUGAUGCUGGCUGAAAGUGAAAUCAACGGGCAAAUAUCAAGCUGACAUUUGCAGGAGUGAUGUCAAUCAGACAUCAAACCUGUGGACAUCUGCCAGAUGUCUGGAAGAAUUCAAUUUCCGCCCCAGCCACAUAGGUUUUGGAUCUGAAGUUUCCAAAUCCAACGUAUUUAAAAAUGUGGCCGAAACAGAUAUAUUGCUUGUGGUGUCAAAUCAUAGUUGGUCUAGUUAUAUUUAUGGCCCAAUUUUGAUAUGUCCUGUAUGGUGCCAGUGUAUCUAAUGUAUGUAUACAUGUAGAUAUAGUUUGAAAUAUUUUAUCUCUAAGAGCAUUUUGAUUUGCUGAAUGAUGUAAAAAGAAUUUGUUAUCAUUGCAUAGACAUGUGUUUGCUAUUUAUGCAGGAUGUGCAUUAUAUCGUUCUAGAUAACCCAGAAAGAGUCAAUUUAUUUUGGCGUUUUGAUUCAGAAACGUUUUUGCAUGAAUCACCCUAGUGAUGGAUUUCCCACUCAAAACCUCACCAAGCAAGGGUCUAAUUGAUUCCCAGCCAAACAGUGUCUAUUACUGUACCUGUGGCAGGGUUUGAAUUUAACCUCUGUCACCGCUGCCAUGGCAGUCGGUGCCUUCCAAAAUGGCCCUCAUCAUCCCUUUCAAUCUUCUUUCAUAUUUUUCAGUACCCAAGGCCAUUGGCUCUAAAAUAUGUGUGCCCUUAUAACUUUAGAAUUCAAGGCCUGAGUUAUAACUAAAGCAGGAUAAAUGAUGUAUAUUUUGUUGUAGAAAUUAUGUGCAGUCUUUGAGAGUUGAAGCUUCAGCAUGACAGAUAGCCUGGAACAGUUUCAUUUGUUAGAAGCUUCUUGCUAUACAUGCUAGCACACUUCAGGAUUUAUUCAGCAUGACAGAUAGCCUGGAAUAGUUCGCUAGAAGUGACUUCCUGUACAUGCUAGCAUAUAAUCCAGCAUGACAGAUAGCCUGGAACAGUUUUGUGCAUUAGAAGCUUCUUGCUGAAAAUGCUUAUCAUACCACAGGAUUUAUUCAGCAUGACAGAUAACUUGAACAGUUUCGUAUGAUGUAGAAAUAUUGCAAUAUUUACAAAAGGGGGCCCAUCCAUUUAGUACGUACGCACUGCAGGGAGGAGGUCUUGGAAUUUUGGGGAAAAUGCGUACGCCUGUACAUUUUGGCCAAAAUGUCUGUACACGGGGAGGGAGGGGGGUCUCAAAAUCCCCAGUUUGAUGCGCUCAUACAUUAUGGAUGGCCCCUAGUUUGUUGGAGAUACGCUGUCAAGAAUAUAUUUUGA